AUGUUGGCCCGCUUCUUGUCCAGCAGCCAUCUCGUCAAAACGAUGCAAGCCGAUCCGCAACCUCAAGUCCACGCACUGUUGAGUCGUCCAGACGUGCGUGAGGAAACCAGAGUCGUGUUUGCGUCACUUCUAGCUCACUGUGAGGACGUGAACCGACUGUGCGGCUUCCUCCUUGAAUCCAUCGACGCUCGUCUGGUUGAGUACGCGUCCGACAAGGACGCUGGCUGGAUAUCUUCCCGUCCUUUCGAACACUCUCAGCACUCUUCUUUGCAUACAGUCGAAGAAGAGAGAGCCAGGCUCCAGAGUGAGGCCCUCAGCGAAGAGGCCCAGAGAUGGUUGGCCGACUUCUUCUUGUUCACGAUUGGAAAGCGAACGAGGAUGGCUCGGCGGAAACGCUGCAUGUACGCCAUGUUGAGUGACGGCGAUGCGCCUGAAAAGCGGAAUGAUGCACUCCAGAAAGUGCAACGAUUUCGGCAACUUGUCUCCGUGUUUCAUAGUGGAUUCGAUGACAAGCUAUCAGAUGAUGUACUCGCAUCUCCAGCGAACCACUUGGUCCUCAGUGAGAGAAUGCUACGAGUCCUUGACGAAGGAGGAGUGGCCUUUCGGAUCGAGGACGACCAGGUGUAUCCGGUUUGCCUCUGGGAGGGCCUUGCGUCGUACAUUUCCGACCAGCAGCUCCUUAGUAGAUUUGCAGAAGAAUACGAAUCUACCGACGAGUACGAAGCCAUUGGCGCGGACGUGGUUCCUUGUGUCGACGAAAGGCUGAUCACACUGCAUGCAAUGAUCUUGGAAGCAUGGCACGACACUGGACUGGCGCAACGAUUCUUGACCGAGGCGCGAUGGGUGGAUGGUCUGGCUUCAACGUCGAAAUGCAUCACUGUGCUCGGUCAGGAUGUAUUUGGAAAAAUCGUCCAGCACGAGUUAGCACUCAUGUAA